UAGACGUCCUUACAUAAGUACGAUCUGCUAUGCCGUAGAAAUUCAGUCACUGACUGCUCCGACGGUCGUCAACUCCAAGUGCAGCUCGAGCCGGUCUUUUCCUAGUUUUCUCCGCGCGAUCAAAACAUUACUCCUGAGGGCUCCUCUGGUGAUGAGAGGGCCGCUGUGUGUGUGACAGUGGGACAUGGCAGUGGUUAACUUCGCCAUGUCCCCUCUACGACGUCGCAACUGCUUCCUGGUGCUCGCAUUUGUCGUCUUCAUACCCUUCUGCGCCUUCGUGCUCUUCUCCGUGCCAGACAUAACAUCGGAGCAAAUGUUGAUCCAGCGUCUGGCCGAGCUGCAAGUGAAGCUCCAAUACCUGGACUCCAUGUACAGAGCCAGACAGGAGGACCUGCAGCAGCUGACUCAGCACAUCGACCAGAUCGGUAUUCCCAACGACAACACGACCACUUUCAGCUUUCCAACGCCUGAACUUCGGCCUGAAAUCAAACAGCUAAUCAAGAACAUGUCGGGAAUGCAUGCCGCAACAGGGCUGAACCCGCCCAUUAUGCUCCGGUUGCCCUCUUCCUAUCACUUCCUUCCGCAUCUGCUCGACGACCCAUCGAGCCUACGACUGGCCUAUCUGAUGUCCAAGGGCAGGAAUGGGGUGUCGGUGGUCAUGGGAGUGCCCACGGUGAGAAGGGAAAAGCAGAGCUAUCUGAUGGACACGUUGCAGAAUCUGAUUGAUGGGAUGAACAGCGCUGAGGCUAAUGAUUCUUUAAUCGUUGUUUUUGUUGCCGAGACUGAUCUGGAAUACGUUCUUCAAGUCGCCAAAGAAAUUGAAAUGAGGUUUCCAAUGCAGGUGGAUUCCGGUUUAAUCGAAGUGCUUUCGCCGUCUCCGGCCUACUACCCGAAUUUAGAUAAGUUGCGGAUCACGUUAGGGGAUCCCCCGGAACGAGUCAGGUGGCGAUCUAAGCAAAACUUGGAUUUCGCCUUCCUCAUGUCCUACUCGCAGCCUAAAGGAACGUUUUAUCUACAACUUGAAGACGAUAUCCUCGCCAAACCCAAUUACGUUACCGAAAUGAAAAAGUUCGCCAUCGAAAAAAUUGCCAGGAAGGAACCGUGGUUCGUCUUGGAUUUUUGCCAGCUUGGUUUUAUUGGGAAGAUGUUCAAAAGUGCGGAACUUCCGUGGCUCAUCCAGUUUUUUCAGAUGUUCUACAACGAUAAGCCGGUCGACUGGCUUUUGGACCACCUUAUUUUCACCAAGGUGUGCAAUUGGGACAAGAACAGUAACUGUAAGCGGGAUAAGGCCAAAAUGUGGGUGCACUACAAACCUUCGCUUUUCCAACAUAUUGGAACACAUUCCUCCCUCAAGGGAAAAGUUCAGAAGCUUAAGGACAAACAGUUCGGUAAAGUGGCUCUUUUCUUUCCUCACAGCAACCCUGAUGCGGAAGUCGUCUCAGGAAUAAAGCAUUACAAACAGUACACGUUGGAGCGCGCGUAUUUAGGCGAGACGUUCUUCUGGGGGCUGCUUCCGUCCCCGGGAGACCAGCUCAUAUUUAAAUUCUCAAGCCCCAUUUGGAUAAAAAGGUUCUUCUUCAGGAGCGGUAACGCGGAGCAUCCUUCUGAUAAGUUCUAUAAUACCACGGUGGAGGUGUUACCCGCUGAAGCGAAUCAAUACGGCAAUUCCUUGAACGUGACAAGUGAUGGCUAUAUUGUUGUAGGAAAAUUUGACAGCGUGGGUAUAGCCACAGGCGUUCCAGACGAAAGCAUAGGAAAAAUCCAAGCGCUGCGCCUUCAUGUACAUAGUGAAAGCGACAACUGGGCCAUCCUGAGUGAAAUCCACAUCCAGGACGAGUUGGCUACCAGGUGACCAGAGAUGGGCGGCCGGGCAUCUCUUUUUUACCCUCACAUCCGUCAUCGCUACAUGCUCGACCGCUCACCGUCUGUGCACCCUCUGUGAUAUCCGAGUCGACAACCCCCAAACACCCGCGUGCAAUAUCUGCUUAUCGCAACCAUGGCAACACUAUCACAGCAAUUACCCAAUCUUGAUUGUUUCGCAUUGUUCCCACCGUGACUUAACUAAAGCCGUAUUCAGCAGAUUAUAAGCUUACUACCCCCAGCUUUGACCACAAUUCGAUUGUUACCCAAGGCCUAAUUAAUUCUCAUUCGUCGACAAUCAAUCACGCAUUUUACUAAUAAUUGGCCUAGAUCUGCUGGAUAUUUGGACGUCCUGGAAGCCAAACUCUUUUAGAUCUGAUUUUUGCCAUCGAGAUUUAACUAGUCCAAGUCUGGAUUUUUUGUAAAUAGAUAUUUUUCCAUGAUUUUUAAUGCUCAGUAUUUGUCAAACGCGGACGCUGUACACAACACUUGCUUUUGCAGCGAAAAACUAAUUCCCCUUCUGUCAAUACUUUUUUAACAGCGGACGUGUUUCGACACAAAUCUCAGUUAAUUCCCUCAAAUAAACGUUCUACACAUACAUGUAAACAGUGUUGAUGUCUGAUUAAAAAUAUCUAAAUGUUAAUAAUUGUAUUCAAGUGCGUGAUAUUAAUUUGACCAAUUUUUUACCCGCAUUGGUUGCAGAAGUAAAGUCCGGAUUUUAGAUAUAAUUGUUCAAAAUAAAAUACAAGCUUCAGAAUGCGACCAUUCAAGUUUGAACAAUUAUUUGAGUGGCCUGUUUCACAAAUAUUUUAUGCAACACUAAUUAAUGGAGUUUUUAAAUUUUCUCUACCGGAAAUUCCACAAAUUGCUACCAAUUAUAAUAAGGAUAAUAAUGUUUAAACAGUCAAUGAAUAACAAGUGUGAAAAUCCACUGAUUGGUAAAAUUAAUUACAUAAUUAAACGUUGUUUUAAAAGAACAAUAUUUCAAUUUUCUAAUUAAUUUAAUACCUAAUUAACAUGAUAUAAAAAAUCAACAACAUAAAUUCAAAAUAAAUUAAAUUAUUUUAGAAAUUUAAUGAGUCAUUCAGUUUCAUUGGCAAUUUUAAAAUAGUCUUAUGAAAAUUAUCCAAUAGAAAAAAUAAUCAAAUAAACGCAAUGAAGUAAUGAUUAAUGAACCAAUAAUAAACAACUUUGUCGAGGAAAAAAACUAGGAAUGUUUACUUCUACGUUUUUAAUUUAUUUAUUUCGAGAAAGGUGUCUUAAUUUAAUUGUUUCACUGUUUGUUAUGUUUUAUUUUGUUAUUCAUUUUAUUGGUAUAGUAGUUUAUCUUUUUUUUUAUUUCUAUUAUCAAAUCUGUAUAAGUCCAAAACAGCUUAAGUGCAAUUUUAAUUUAUUAUUAUUUAUAAGAGUUGGAAAAUAGACUGAGCGACUCGUGAAAAUUUGAUUUUCUUUAUGAAAAUUGGCUUGUUGUUAGCAUUCUCUACAAUAUUUAGUUUUUGUUUACUUUUUUGUUAUGCGAAAGGUAAUAAAUAUCUAACUUAUAAAAAUCUGAAAACUGACAGCAGCGGUUUUUAUUAAACUAAUUAUCCACAUAAUUAUUUAACCGUUGUCUACAUAUUUUGUAUUGUUUUUUUGUUAUGAAAAAGGCCUUAAAAAUUAUAUAUCAAGAUAGUUUAAUUUAAUUUAGGACGAACUCUUAAAGGAAAGCAAACUUCAUUCCGGAGUAUUUUAAUAAUCUACUAAAUUCACAUUUUUAUAUUUAAAUUCGUGAAGAUUUAGAUUUUUUUAUGAAAAUUGGCUUAUCCCCUUCUCUUCAUAUUUAAUUUUUGUUUACUUUUUUAAUUAUGAAAAGGUCUCAAAAAUUAAACACCAAGAUAUUUUCAGUUCAUUUAGAACUACGUAAUUUAUACCUAAUAAUUGAUUAUGUUAAGUGUAAAUGUGAUAGUUUAUGUGGCAAUACCGAACAUAGAGAGGUCAUUAUUUCAGCUGAAUCAUUGAUUAAUUGUAUUAUACAAUGUGUUUUUAAAUGAUUCUCAUCUAGUUAACUUUGAAAUUGGUUUACAUGUAAAAAAAUGUGUGCCGCUUUGCUAUCAAUAAAUGUCAAAUUUGACAGUUGUGAAAUUCACAAAUUGUCAAUUAAUUGAUUUUAAAAAUUUCGUUCAAAUACAACUAAAUUAUUACACUGUGCAAGAAAACUCUUUUAUUGUCGAAGUUUAUUUCCCAAUGAAAGACUUAAUAAAUGGAGAAUGGUCAUAUUCGGUGUAUAAAUGCCUGCCAUUAAUUCUAUAAAGCGGUAUUUCUGAUUUUACAUGGGAAAUUCACAGACGACUAGAUGAGAAUCAUUUAAAAACACAUUGUACUAAUCAAUGACUGAAUUAGUUCUAAUUCGUUUGUAUAUUUCACAAGAAAUCUUCAAUUUUUAAACCCCUUAAGUCUAAAAAACACAUAGGGUCGGUUUUUAAAAGCGUCAUUAAUUUAAUUUGCAAUUAAAUGCGUGAUUAACUGAUGACGUGACCAAAAUGAAACAACUUGAUUGAUUAACAGCGUGUUAGAAAAAUAGAGUUUUCUAUAAAUCAGCGCAUAGUGUCUAUGCUUUUAUAUGACAAUAAACGACCACUUUUUAUUCGUUUGUGAUGUGAGAUAUGUAAAAAUUGAUAAAUGGUAAGGGUAAAAGUAAAAAUGUUUAGGCAUAAAGAGUAGAACUUUUACUGUAUUGACUGAAUAGACAUAAAAAUUGUCACUUUUGUGACGUUAGCGGUUAUUUUUUUGCAAUUUAUUUAACUUUCUGUACAAUAUAUUGUUUUUAUUUACUUUUAUUUAUUAUUAAAAAGGCCCUAAAAAUUAAAUAACAAGAUAUUAAUUUAAGAGGAAAAACUACUAUGUUAUGGAAUGUUUUAGAGUAAAAAAUGCUUAAAACCAAUUUCAAUAUUUCAUUCAUAAAACCGGGAAAACAGACAACAGGUCGUAUUUUUUUAUUAUGAAAAAAUAAAUCUUGCGUUAAAAUAAGGAUUAAAUACGCAAAAUUUGCUUAGGAAAAAAUCCGGACUUUACUGAUAAGUUGUAGCAUUAAGUCAGAGCCAGUCUCUUUGUAAUAUAUUAGUUCCUUGUUGUGUGUUUUAGUUUGUUAUUUAUUUUAUGAAACGAUUGUAAUUAACGUACCUAUUUGUUAUAUGUAAAUAAUAUUUUAGUUAUUUUGUUACAGUGUGAUCUUCUUGGGUUUGCUUUACCACAUUUUAACAUUAAUUGUUGUUUCCGACAAAUAAAAUGCACUACUAAACGAAAAAAUACAUCGUUGUUGAAAAUGUUAAAUGUGAAAUUGAGACUGAUUGUAAAUCAAAUAUUUAAAUAUAAAUCCUAAGCAUAUGCUAUGUUAUUAUUUUUAUCUUUUAGGUUUAUUCAAACAGGGACCAUUUCAACUUCAACAAUAUCAAAAUUAUGAUAAUACAAUUGUCAGCCAAAUUAGUUUAUUGAUGUAACAAUUUUAUUAUCAAAUAAAGGAAUUGUAAUAACCAUCCAAACCAACAGUUUAAUUUUCUUGUACUCGAAAUGUUGAAAAUUAGACUGGAAUUAAUUGAGCCAAAAGCACGUGUGUAUGCCUGCCAAUGUUUUUAAUUGUUAGCCCACAAUUGUAUUAGACAGCAACUAAUAGAAAUCUCGAAUUACUUACUUUUUUACAUUAUGUCCUGACGCGUGUUAUUAUAUUUUGUCAAUCUUUUUUAAUUAAACUAUUAUACAAUA